AUGCAGCCAAGCAACCGUAUCGCCGAAUUUCUCUACCAGCAUAGAGACAUGCUUGGUCAUAAAGUCCUGGAAUCUGUCACUAUAGUUAGCUUAGAGCAUCAAGAUACGCACCAGUACCCGACGCUGAUCUGGAAGGUCAUCGACUGGUCGCAAGAAGCUGAGGAUGCCAGACAGGCCACUAUUUUCACCCCAGUAGAACCGGCACUUCCAGAGCAGCAUGCUGGAGCGCAGUAG